AUGUCUCUCUUCGCUCCAGCUCCCGAACCAGUCUCCGAACUGGCGCGAACCCGCGUCCUAUCUUCCCAUGCCGGCAUCAGAGUUUCUCCCCUUCAGCUCGGCGCCAUGAGCAUCGGCGAAGCCUGGAAAGGCGGCAUGGGCAGCAUGGACAAAGACUCAUCCUUCAAGCUCCUCGACGCUUUCUACGAAGCCGGUGGCAACUUCAUCGACACAGCCAACAACUACCAAGACGAAGAAUCCGAGCGCUGGAUCGGCGAAUGGAUGACCGCCCGCAAGAACCGCGACCACAUGGUCAUCGCCACCAAAUUCACUACCCCUUACCGCUCCUACGAUAUCGGCAAGAACAGCCACAGCGUCAACUACUUUGGCAACCACCGCCGAAGCAUGCACGUCAGUGUCCGCGACAGCUUGAAGAAGCUCCAGACUGACUGGAUCGAUAUCUUGUACUUGCACUGGUGGGACUUCUCUUCCUCAAUCGCCGAGAUCAUGGAUUCAUUGCAUGUCUUGGUAGAACAAGGCAAGGUCCUCUACCUGGGAAUCUCAGACACUCCAGCAUGGCUCGUCUCAGCGGCCAACGAGUACGCCAUCGCCCGAGGCAAGACGCCCUUCGCUAUCUACCAAGGCCGAUGGAACUUGAUGAUCCGCGACUUCGAGCGGGACAUAAUCCCCAUGGCCUCACACUACGGCAUGGCUCUCGCUCCAUGGGACGUCCUAGGCGGCGGCAAAUUUCAGACCCGAAAAGCGAUCGAGGAGCGCAAGAAGGCCGGCGAAGGCCUACGGAGCAUCGUGGGUCCCGGCGAGCAGACUGAGCAGGAGCGGAAGAUCAGCGACGUUCUCGAGGAAGUCGCCAAGGAACACAAAAUCGAAUCCGUCACAGCAGUCGCACUUGCAUAUGUCAUGGCCAAGACGCCGAAUGUCUUCCCUAUCGUCGGUGGACGUAAGGUCGAACAUCUCAAGGACAACAUACAAGCACUCAGCAUCAAGCUUACUACCGAGCAAAUCAAGAAGCUUGAGGACGCAUCUCCCUGGACACCGGGUUUCCCUCAAAACUUCAUCGGAGAGGAUCCAGGUGUCGUGGGCAUUCAAAAUGCCGGUAUGCUGCUCAAGGGCGCGUCGCAGAUGGCGUAUGUGCAGAAGCCGAGGGCAAUAGGGCAUGAGUAA